GUGAAUAAUUGAAGGGGUAACGUGAGACAGGUGGAGGGUGCAUUAGAGUAAGUGGUGUAUGGAAAUUCUGAGCACAUUCCAUCAGUAGUGAUUGCACAAAGCAAAGGGGCAGCUUGGCGGUGAUCGAGGUGUCUGCUCUCUGGAGGUCCCAUCUACGGGCGAAAUGGGGAAAUGGAUUAUGGUCUGACAAGGAAUUGUAAUCUUAAGAAGCUCCUAGGAGUUCUGUGCUUUCUGCAAGCCUUGUCAUUCGGUCGUCUGCAGAAGAAUUUACAUACAAUAAAUGGCGUUCUGGAUCGUUCCGUGGUACUUCCUUGUGGCGAGAUCGAUACAUCGUACAUUUUUGUCUGGACAGUCCUAUUACGUGGGACGGUGGAUUUUUUCCCCGUGGCUCGGAAAGAUCAUGUCUACGUGGAGGCUGCAAGCCUGGGAAGUGUUAGCCUGAGGGGCACAACCCUGGUCAUAGACCAGCUACAGUCCGGAGCAGAGGGGCAGUACACCUGCAUCGCUUUCAAGGAGGAGCCAGUCAUCACCGCGUCUACAGUGUAUAUAAACCUCACUGUUCUAGUGCCUGUUGCUAAGCCCAGCCUGCAGAUUGAUGAGCAGACCCCCGUAGAAGGAAUGUCCGUCCGGAUGACGUGCACAGUGGAGUUUGGGACAGGACCAGUAACGUAUGUCUGGCAGAGGUACAGCAGAACGGAGGGGACGUUUACUAUUCAAGAGGGCGCGGACCAGGUUCUUGUUCUGUCGCCGGUCACCAGGUUCCACACCGCCUUUUACUUCUGCACGGUUAGAAAUGUGGUUAAUGAGGAGACCAGCGGAUGGCUGCAGCUGGAUGUUAUCUAUGGCCCCGAUGUGCCGGUCAUCACCAUCAAGCCUUACGCCAUCAGUGAGAAUGGAUUUGCCGCCAAUGAGCUGGAAGAGGUCACUCUGAACUGUUCGGCCUCUUCCAACCCUCCCUCCUUUUAUACCUGGUACUACAACAACUCUGAGAUGGUCUCCAGCCAGAUGUACGUCAUUCCCAAGAUCUCGCGCAGUCAGACGGGAGAGUACACAUGCUUGGCAAAGAAUGUAUACCGCAAUACGGGUACUAAGAUGUCCAUCAGCCUCACAGUCUACUAUUUACCAGAGGGAUCGCCCACUUGCACAGCACUGCCACGUAAUAACUACAGGAACGUGGCCCUCUGGUGUUCAUGGGUUGGGGGCCUGCCCCUGGCUCAGCUUUAUUGGCAAUUACCAAGUGAAGAGGACAUAGUCAUUGUGUCAAACUCAAAUGCAACCCUGGUAAAAAGUGGGACAGAAAUAGUGAACGGUACCACUUACGUCUGUACAAUUUCCCAUCCGGCGCUUAAACGAGAUAUCAACUGCGCUACUAAAGUGGUCAGGCCGGCUGGUAUGCCAAACUGUUCUGCCGUAGCCACGAAGCUGAAUGAGUUUAUAAUGCUGACCUGCGACUGGGCUGGCGGACUGCCGCGCAUCACGUUGGAGUGGAAUAAUAAUGAGAUCGGAGACUUGAAAGAAUCCUCCAACAUCUAUGUUUUCAAACCCGACCGGACAUACAACGGCAAAUUAUUUACCUGCACCGCCCUCCACCCCAUGAUACCACAGCCGGCCGAGUGCCACAUCCGACUCGAGUCUCCAACGUUGGAUUCUCCGAGUCUUGAGACAUCUAUACUAGAGGGAAAUAGUGCUCAGCUGAUAUGUAACCUUAAGCAGGCCAUUCCAAGCUCAGAAAUCACCUGGUACGACAACCUUAACAAGGAGAUAAUCACUGAUUCUCAGAAGUACGGCAUAUUAAAGGAGCAAGGUCUGUCCGCGCUAACAGUCAGAGAGACUUCAUGGAACACAGACAGUGGAUUCUAUCGAUGCAUGGCUUCUAACGCUGUGGGAAACACUUCAGUCUUAAUAAGACUCAAUGUCAACAAAUAUCCUACACCUCCUAAUGUGACCAUCAGUAAGCUCCUCUACAGCCGGCAGAGGACAGAGGUGGAUGUGGAGUGGCUGACAAAAGGAACGGGUGACCUGACUGGUUUUAUGGUACAGCGACAAGCCAGCGUCCGAUCCUCCCGUUCCAUCCCAGUCAUUAAGAGAUCUGUCCGGAUGGUCUCCUGGGACACUGUGGCCAAUUACAUCGACCCUCAAAUCCGAGGCCAAAAGCUCGGAGGCUUAGAUCCUUCCAUUGUAUACGCCUUCAGAAUACUGGCAGUCAACCAUAAAACAACGGGGUUCCCGUCUGAGGUGAAGACACCAGCUGAUCCUCCAGAUAAUGUAUACCCGGCUGCCAUUGGGGCUGGUUUCGCUGGUAUGGUAGUGGCCACUGUAGCCAGUCUUCUGGUGUUCCAGUAUAUCGCCAGGAAUCGUGAGCGCAACCCACGGCUGCAUGACUUGUUCUUCAGACCGGCCCCGGAAGAGUCUCGGGAGAACAUCCGAAACCCAGAAGAUGCUGAAACAGCAGCAGACAAUGAAGAGGAAGCAACCACCUCCCAGGACCCAAGUCCAGCGGCUGACGCGCCAGCUCAAGAUCCGGUUGUACCCGCUGCUCCCGGAGACUCUGGGGUGCCCCUGUCGCAGCUGUCCGUUGCAGACCUUCCGGACGACGCCCCAGUGAACGUAACAAUUACAGUAACCGCAACGCCCUAGGAUAAGAGAGGAAAUUAUGCUAGACGCGAAUAACAUUAAAUUACUAACAGCGUCCCUUGAAAAGGAAUUAGUCGUCUCAGCGUCCUGGAGCAGUAAGUGCAGAUAGUAGCAUUAGUGUUUCAUGCACCCGGAACAAAGCUGUCCCAAAACUGUGUGUGAUUGAGUGUCAGAUACCUCCAGUAUGUCUGAUGCGGCCCAGCAGAGGUACUUACUCGGGCACACAGUCUGUGUUACUCCCAGUGGUCAGGGCCAUAUUAUCCAUUAGGCUGAAGACAAUUGAAGGAGGGCGGGGGAAGGCGGAUGUCGAAAUGCAACAAACAAUCAAAAACUCAUUUUAAUUUUUACUGCUCUGCCUGGUAUUCUCCUGACCCCUGGUUGUGUAUUACUCUGUCUGACGUUACUCCAACCUGAAUUGUUUAUGGACUGCUCUGUCUUGUGGCCAGCCCUGGCUCCUGCUAGUUGUCGUUUGCUCCUAAGCUGCCUGCCCUGACCAUUUACUUGUUUUACCUUGUCGUUAGCCACCUGACUCCCAUGGUAGCAUAUUUUGGGGGUCAUUCCGAGUUGCUUGCUAGCUAGUUUUAGCAGCCGUGCAAACGCUUUGCCGCCGCCCACUGGGAGUGUAUUUUAGCUUAGCAGAAGUGCGAACGAAAGGAUCGCAGAGCGGCGGCAAAAUAAUUUUGUGCAGUUUCAGAGUAGCUUCAGACCUACUCAGCGCUUGCGAUGACUUCAGACUAUUCCGUUCCGGAUUUGACGUCACAAACACGCCCUCUGCGUUCGCCCAGCCACGCCUGCGUUUUUUCGAACACUCCCUGAAAACGGUCAGUUGACACUUCCUGUCAAUCACUCUGCAGCCAGCAGUGCGACUAAAAAGCUUCGUUAGACCCUGUGUGAAACUACAUCGGCUGCUGUGAAAGUACGUCACGCAUGCGCAUUGUGCUGCAUCCGCAUAAGUGCCCUUUUUUUUGCAUCAUCGCUGCGCAGUGAACAUUUUCAGCUAGCGAUCAACUCAGAAUGACCCCCUCUGUUCUGUUGUAGGUGGUGUUUUAUUGCUGAUGUGUCUCAUACAUAAUGUAUCUUUGUUGGCUGCACCAGCUUGUUGUAACUUGUACUAUACACCUUAAGCCCUGACGGCAUCGGAGUACCGGCGAGCACAGCCUACGCCAUGGAAUAAGGGCAGCUAUAGGUGAAUACCGGAGGUUCUUCCUAUAAGUGUACGCAGUCAUCACCAUAGUUUAGUGAAGCUGAAACCUAUAGGCUGUCUGGUGGGGGCCCCAUAAUAUGUAAUGGUAAUAUUACUAGUCCUUGUUACAGAGGACUGUGGCUUUAAUUACUCUCACAUUCCGAUUUACCACAAAUUCAUAACUAAAUGUGAUUAAUGUAUCGGGUUUAUUUCACGUGCCAAACAAGAGAACAAAACGUAUCCAUACAGACCACGGUAUCUGAGCAUGAGAAUAUUUAACUAAAUACAACCUUACCGACCCCCGGAAGCCUGCACAUUACAUUGUGCCACCAUAACACCAUGGUCAGCAUGUGGUAACUUGUAGCGUAGCCUGGAGAAGAUACCUUUGGCCCAAAUGUACUAAGCCUUGAAAAAUUAUAAAGUGGGAGGAGAUAAAGCACCAACCAAUCAGCUCCUAGCUGCUAUGUUACAGGCUGUGUUAGGAACUGAUUGGGACUCGGAGAGAGAUAAAGUACCAACCAAUUUCCAAUAAGCAUAACGUAUAAUCCCUGAUACAGUGCCGACAUUGCCCAGACCUGGUUACAGGCAGCAGUAGGAGGGUCCGCUGACGGCGUUCCUUUGGGGAAAUGAGAAUGUAACGUCAGCGCCGGGUAUACUUGUGGAAGGACGCUGCUACCUAUUAGUAAUACAGUAGUCACCCCUCUCUGCCGGAUAGCACCAGCUCUGUAAAGGAGACGGCUGUAUUCAGCGGUGUACUAUAGAACAGCAAAUGACACCGCGACGCUCAGUGUAAAUAAUAUAUAUUUGUAAGAUGAAACGUUUUCUGUGCAGUAAUUUAUUCCUUCAGCGGAUUCAGUUCUGAGUGAUGUAAUGAAGCGUUUCACCAGCGUGGUUACUGUGUACAUGGUGUGAAAUAAAAUGCUGUGCUGAA